AUGCUCCGAACAGCGCGCCUUUCACGUUCAGCCCUCUGUUUUAUCACCAAAUAUUCUGCGCAAAGGAGUGCCGCGGUGCUGUACUCCGUGGAAGCGUACGGCCAUCUUCCCUCGACGAGCUCGCCCAUUACACCAACCCUCAAGUUCUUCAACUCGGUCGACCAGGACGGCGGGCCAAUUCCUACCUAUCGCAUACUUGAUGGCGCAGGAAAGCCUCUCGACGACGCGCAGAUGCCCGAGGUCGACGAGGCAUUGGCGAGGAGAAUGUACGAAAACAUGGUCAAGAUACCAUCAGUUGACAACGUCAUGAUGAACCUUCACCGACAAGGCAGAAUCUCAUUCUAUGUGACAUCCUAUGGCGAAGAGGCCACUCUCACGGGGACCGCUGCAGCAUUGGCUGAUGAUGAUGAAGUGCUUGGACAAUACCGGGAGUCUGGUGUGCUCUAUUGGCGCGGGUUCACCUGCGAUGACUUAGUGAACAACUGCCUUGGCACAAUUGCUGACCCAUGCUCAGCAGGUAAACAAAUGCCCAUGCAUCUGGGCUCACCAAAGCAUCACUUUCAUCAAAUAUCAUCGCCCUUGGCUACUCAGAUCCCACAGGGCGCAGGAGUUGGCUUCGCUCUGAAGCGCGAUCCCGCUCGCCGAGGCAAGAAUUGUGCCGUUGUAUGGUUCGGAGAAGGAGCUGCAUCUGAAGGAGACUUUCAUGCAGGUCUGCUCUUCGCCUCCACAAUUCCUUCUCCCACACUUUUCAUCGCACGCAACAACGGGUUUGCCAUUUCGACUCCAACAGCGGAGCAGUACCACGGUGAUGGCAUCGCAUCCCGUGGCCCAGGCUACGGAAUACACACUGUGCGUGUCGAUGGGAAUGAUGUUCUCGCGAUGUACGCCGCCAUCAAAGAAGCGCGGAGGCUCUGCAUCGAAGAGGGGCGCGCCGUCCUUGUCGAGGCAAUGACCUACCGCGUCGGCCACCAUUCAACGUCCGACGAUUCCUUCGCGUACCGUCCCCGUCAGGAAGUCGAGGAUCGGAAGCGGAUGGACAACCCGAUCGCGCGCUUCCGGCGAUACCUUGAAGACCGUGGAUGGUGGUCAGAAGAGGAGGAAGCGGCACUGAAGGCUAAGUUGAAGGAAGAGAUCAUGGGUGCAUUUUUUCGCGCGGAGAAGCUGCCUAAGGGUGAGCUAGGCAAUAUGUUCAAAGACGUCUAUGCUGGCGAAGAACCGUGGACAAUCAAGGAGAAUAGGGCGGAGCUUGCACGGCUGCUCAAGAAGUACGGGAAGACAUGGGCUCCGUGGAGAACUGAGCUACAAAAGCAUGAAGGUGCUGGGAAGGACAUCACUGGCGAGGAGCUCUAA